AUGACUACUACAUCUGGUUCAAGUAGUACACUACAACCACUCGGAGGCCUUCAACGCGGCAAAGCGUGCAUUGCAUGCAGACGUCGAAAAGUUAAGUGCGAUGGUACCCGACCAACGUGCAGUCAAUGCGUCCGUGGUAACAGGCCCGACGACUGUGAAUACACAGAUGGCCAGGGACGGUCUCGGACAAAUAUGCUGGAACAAGAAAUCUCACGUCUUCAAGCUCGAAUACAAGAGCUCGAGCAUCCCGAGAACACUACUCCCGCGGUUGCGCUACACCACCCUUACUCGUCGUCCGACGUCCCGCAAGGGUUUUCUGUCCCAUUUGGGUUCCAGCCUUCCCAUAUCUCUGCGUCAAUGUCAUCUGCAUUAAGUCCCGGAGCGCCGUCGAGUUCUAGUUCUCGAAUUACAUCGGGUGACUUCAGUCCGAGCGGCUGGUGGGUUCAAGAAGAGCCUCCGAGCCAAAUUGUACUCGAAUCUUUGAAUAAAAUUUUGCCUUACGCGGACGAACUUGGCUUUUUCCUGCAUAUCCCGCGCGUACGAAACACGCUUGUGACUGCUUCCCGUGAUAUUCCUGUUGCAUUGCAAAACGCCAUCAUUCUGUUAUGUCUCCAUGUCACGAACACGAAGCAGACCGCCUUCGAGCUGACAGUGCUAUCAAGAUGUUUGCGUCAGCUAGCUGAUAUCAUCCCUUCCUGCACUGCAAGUACCCGAGAUUUGCUGGAUGUCCUACAAACAGAAGUCCUGCUUAUAUACUACUUGUUCCGGGUCGGACGGACAGUUGAAGCGAAGUACUAUUCAGGCGGAGCGGCCAGCCUUGUUCUGGCAUUUCGACUUCAUUCUUCUCCUGAAGAAGAUACACCGGCGGACAUGCAGUCUAUGUCGUUCGAUAUAUUCAGGACCACCCUUUCAAAUCCGAUUGACGAUAUCGAGCAGACAGAAGCCAUACUUGCAUUCUGGAACGUCUUCACUUGGGACAAGAGUGUGUCCGCCGUGCUGGGAGUUCCACCUAGCAUCAGUAGAUCCAUUCGGGUAUCUGUCCCUUGGCCUGGAAAAAUACAGGAAAUUGGACCUCAAGUAGACACCAUACAACAGUUCCUUGUCGACGGACAGAGUGAAAAAGGAUAUUCUGACUCAGCACUCGCCUUCCACGCAAAAGCAGCUGUACUCCUUGACGAGGUGAACAAUUUAUUGGAGCAAUACACAUCAGAUUCACGUGUUCAAGAAACACAUUCAUUCGGAGCACAAUUUGGGUCACUCGACGCACUCAUACAACACCUGCAAGCAUCCAUGCCGUCCAAUCCGUCCUUGACAAGUGAGACGUCGCAAUCGUCCUCGCAAUCGGGUGUUGCUCCUUCGUCACCUGAUCUCGGUUAUCGUCGUUCAAUUUGCGUGCAAUCCCUUCUAUCCCUCGCUACCAUUCGGUUGCACAGACCCUUCCGUGAAUCCUAUGGCUUAUCGAAUGCCAAAAUCGUCACCGCGGCCAUGCUCAUAGCGCGUGCCUUACAAUACGUGAACGUAAAUACACUGCAAUAUUUUGAUCCCGUCGUCACAAUAUGGAUAAAUGCUUCCUUCGUGAUUCAUGCGGAAAUUACACGUUUGCAUGCCAUAAAAGCGUGGCCGACGCAGUUCCCCGCACGCGGCGAAGGUCUUGUCCAGGCCCUAAGGACCAUGGUGACUGUAUUGAGAGAUGUUGCGAAACAUUGCCCUGUGCUUGCACUCCGGACAAAAUUAGAAACUGUAUUAACUCCUCUUGACCUUGUUGCUCGAUGA